UCGGGAGCCCCCCGCUCUUUUGUUGCUCGGAGCUGCCGAUGCCCAUCACACCGUGCACGGAUCGGCGAUGCUAGCAAGAGUUAGCAUCCGAGCUAAAACUGCCUUUCCCAGCAAAACAAACAACAUGAAACACUUGGAUGUGCCCGCCAGACUCAAAGUGUCACAGCCAAGCUAGACAUGGGUUGUAUUGACCCCUGCGACUUGUUGUUUUGCAGUAAUAUUGCCAGAAACCGAGGGUUGAAUGAAGUUGGCAGCGUUUGGCGUCUUGAACACUCCCACAGUUCACUGACCGAGCCCACUUUGUGCAACCUGCAGCAAGUUCAAACCUCGAGGAAAUGGUUUCGAAUGGCUUCUCUUGUCAGGUGUUUCCCGCCGGGAAGUUACUGCACUUCCCUCAGUUCUCUUUAGUGAAACUUUGAGAAAGAGUUGAUCAACACGCUGCAGCUCGUUGUGAUUCAUGCUGGAUGUUGUCAGUGGAGAGUGAGUGUGGUGCAGGGAGCUGUGGAAUUCAAACAGUGCUUUGCAGUUUGUACCAGAAUCUGUUUACUACAUGCAGUGGUGAGGACCCAGAGUUUCUACAGACAUGUCUGUGCGGGAGUCCUUCAACCCCGAAAGCUACGAGCUGGACAAGAACUUCAGACUCACACGCUUUGCUGAGCUCAAGGGCACAGGCUGCAAGGUGCCCCAAGAUGUGUUACAGAAGCUGCUAGAAACCCUACAGGAGAACCACUAUCAGGAGGAUGAACAGUUCCUGGGGGCGGUUAUGCCCCGAUUAGGCAUAGGCAUGGACACCUGUGUGAUACCGCUCAGACAUGGAGGCCUUUCUCUGGUCCAGACGACAGAUUACAUCUACCCCAUUGUGGAUGACCCGUACAUGAUGGGAAGAAUUGCUUGUGCCAAUGUUCUAAGUGACCUGUACGCCAUGGGAGUGACAGAGUGUGACAACAUGUUGAUGCUUUUAGGAGUCAGCAACAAAAUGUCAGAGAAGGAAAGAGACAAAGUCAUGCCACUGAUCAUUCAGGGAUUCAAGGAUGCGUCAGAGGAGGCAGGCACGUCGGUAACAGGAGGACAGACGGUUCUCAACCCCUGGGUGGUGUUGGGAGGAGUCGCGACAACAGUCUGCCAGCCCAACGAAUUUAUCAUGCCAGACAAUGCAGUCCCAGGAGACGUGUUGGUGUUGACGAAGCCACUUGGAACGCAAGUUGCCGUUGCAGUACAUCAGUGGUUAGAUAUCCCUGAGAAGUGGAACAAAAUAAAGCUGGUGGUAACUCAGGAAGAUGUAGAACUGGCUUAUCAUGAAGCCAUGAUGAACAUGGCUCGGCUCAACAGGACAGCGGCGGGUCUCAUGCACACCUUCAAUGCCCACGCAGCCACCGACAUCACAGGGUUUGGCAUCCUUGGCCACGCCCAGACGUUGGCACGACAACAGCGAAGUGAAGUGUCAUUUGUCAUCCACAACCUCCCAGUGCUCGCCAAGAUGGCUGCUGUGUCCAAGGCCUGUGGGAACAUGUUCGGUCUCAUGCAUGGCACCUGCCCUGAAACAUCAGGAGGCCUGUUAAUCUGUCUGCCGCGGGAGCAGGCCGCUCGCUUCUGUGCUGAGAUCAAAUCACCAAAAUACGGAGAGGGCCACCAAGCGUGGAUCAUCGGGAUUGUAGAGAAAGGAAACCGCACUGCUCGCAUCAUUGACAAACCUCGGAUCAUAGAGGUGGCACCACAGGCCGCCACGCAGAAUGUCAACCCAACUCCCGGUGUAACCUCUUAAUCCUCCUCUGCUGAGUCAUAGACCGGAACCCAACAGCUCCGUUGAGUGAUUUUAGACACAUAAACUUCAAAACCAUCCUAGAGUGUUGAAAUAUAUACACAAAAUAGUACGUACACAGAAAAGACUGGGUUGGCGUGUAUCUACGUGGAAAAACUGCACCACACAGUGGCCCUGGGGAGCAUGUCACCACCCUAUGGACUCAACCUGAAGUUAUACCCAUUAAGAAACAUUGGUAAGAAAUAGAGCUUACUUAAAAUCCAUAUGCCUUUUGUGUCUGUUGUAUUCUGUUUUGUUAAAUGUGCUUGAGUGGCAAGCAGCUUCUGGUAAGAGAGUGAUGAAGACGAUAAUCUGAUAAUGUUGGUUCAUUUUGAAUCUUAGGAAGUCUGGAGCCCGUUGCCUCUUUUUAAAAAUUGCUCUCUCCAAGCGACAUCAAGGUGAUGUGUUGGUGUUUUUGUUUGUCCAUUCACUUUGUACAGUUAAAAAAAGCCUAGUUUUAGUUCAUUGCUGUAACUGAUGCCUUGAAAGAGUGUGACAAGAAGGGUAUGUUUUUUAUUACUUUGACUUUUUGUAUUGUCCCCACAUAAACUAAUAAAUAUUAAAAUAGACAA